AUGGCUGCAUCUUCCUCACUACGAUCCUGCGCUUUACAAGAAAUAUUCCCGCGCACUCCAACUCGCACAGACGCUUUCUCCGCGGACUGUAUCGGGUUAUCGAGAUCCAACCCGUUUCGAGCUGCCCAUCCCGCGCGCCUCACAGCAAGCCAGCCCCCCUCCUAUGCAGGCGUCCAGAUACGGUUGUACAAAUCUACCGCCAGGCAGCCAAUAGGACUGUUGAACUCAAUGCCGAGACGAUUCCGAGCGCCGGGUUGGUAUUUGUGCACUCCCGAAGGAAGCUGGCAUAUCCCUGGUUGUCGGCGACGGCAUGCCGUCGUCGCGUCUUGUGACCAUGAAGAACCCAUGAACAUUUACGAAAGGAGCGAGUGA